AUGGCCGCUUGUGGUUCAUCGCUUUACAAUGGUUCUGACUUGAUUCAUGACUACAGUUGUUCCAAGUGUGAGGAAAAUGACCUGAACACUGAAGCCCAGUACUUCUGUCCACAGUGUGAACACUAUCUGUGUGACAAGUGUGUGAAUUUACACAAUGGAUACCAUGACAAACAUACGGUGUACGGGCGUGGCGACAUUCAGAAGUGGGUGGGGUUCUCCUUAGACAGAUGUGAUGUACAUGGCGACAAGCUGACCGUCCACUGUGAUGACCACGAGGAACUUUGCUGCAGCGUCUGCAGUGUAACAGCAUCAGUCACCUGCCUGACCUGGCUAAAGAUCAAAAUCCUGGACAAGCUUGAGAAGAAGACAGUUGAACAUUUAGAUGGGCUGGUGGAAGGUUUGGAGACUAUCAACGAUGAUAUUGAAUGUUGUGCCAAUAUGAAUGACCAACUGAAAGCUAUGACGGAAAAACUCCAGCAGAUUACUGGCAAACACAAGGAAACCAAUUAUUUCAUUGGGUUCAGGAAAUGUCAGAACAAGUUGAAUGAAGUCAAAAGUCGCAUGCAAGAAAUACAGAAGAUGCCAACACCAUAUGAGAUCCACUUCCUUUCAGUGACAAGAGAAAAGAUAGAGACACUGAGAAAGUUCAUGACUUACCUGAACUGUCGUUCCAUUGCCCACAACCAGGGCCAACUGUAUAUGUGUUCCGGUAAUGCCCUGGACAAGUUCGACUUAUGUGGACGACAUGUUAAGACGAUUUACGAGGACAUGUCAUGUAAAAGAACAGUAGUCAAGUGUGCUGUUAGUCCAGAUGGGAAGGUAAUUUAUGUAACAAACAAUACUAAACGUGAACUAAUAACACUGGAUGAAUGUGGACAAGUGCUAUUCAAAUUAAAAGAUCCUGAACUACAGAGGCUCAGUGGACUGUGUGUCAACCCCAGUGGCCUUGUGUUUGUGUGUGGUCAAGGAAGUCAAAAACUGUGCUACAGGUGGACAGAGACGGGAGACUGA